GUGUAUUUAGUGUGUAACAAAGGCUUGCAGAUGUCAGAGAGAUGUAUAGUAAAGAGUUUUAUUAAAUUUUUAAAUUCUUAAUAUAUUAUUAUUAUUUUAUGAUGGAGGAUAUUAGUGAUAAGUUUUUUUACGUGUACAGUUCUUCUUUAGAUACGAAGAUCCAAAUUAAAAUAGGUACCUUGGAAGGUAAAAGACAACGACCUGAAUAUGAUAAAUUACUUCUUGAUCCAAUGUUAAAAUAUUCCGGUUUAUAUGGUGCCAGUGGUGGCAGAGGAGAUCUAGCAGCGUCGCUACAAGUGUGGGCUGGUGGUAGACCAUUAGCUUUACCUGUUCAUACGGCCUAUAAACACUUUACAUCACGUUGGAACUGGAAUCAAUGGGUUACUUUACCCAUUUCUUUUUCUGAUUUACCGCGUGAUGCUCAUUUAUGUAUAAGUUUAUACGAUUGUGCUGGACCUGGUAGACAAAUACCAGUUGGUGGUACGACAAUAUCUUUAUUUGGAAAACAUGGUGUAUUUCGUCAAGGAAUGCUUGAUCUUAGAGUAUGGCCUGGUGUAGAAGCCGAUGGAAGUGUUUCUACAAAUACUCCAGGAAAAGCCAGAGAUCAUGGAAAAGAACAAAUGCAGCGUCUUGCUAAACUUGCUAAAAAACAUAGAAACGGUCAAAUGAACAAAAUUGAUUGGUUAGAUAGAUUAACAUUUAGAGAGAUAGAAUUAAUAAAUGAACGAGAAAAAAGAGCUUCAGAAUACCUGUACUUAAUGGUAGAAUUUCCUGAAGUCAGAAUGGAUGGUAUACCGUAUUCUAUUGUGUAUUAUGAAAAAGAUGGUGAUGAAGUAGUUCAGCACAGAUCACAACCAGAUGUUGUAACUCUUCCAGAUUAUGAAAUCCUACAAGAAAAUCUUGUUGAAGCUAAACAUCAUAAACUAGCCCGCAGCUUACGUAGUGGUGGUAAUACAAGAGAAUUAAAACCAACAUCUAGUGUUCGAGAUGCAUUAAAUACUAUACUGGGCUAUCCGCCAACAACAACAUUAACUACAGAAGAACAGGACCUUAUUUGGAAGUAUAGAUUUUAUUUAUCAAAUCAAAAGAAAGCUUUGACCAAAUUUGUCAAAUGCGUUAAUUGGAAAGUAUCUGGAGAGGAACGUCAAGCAUUAGAAAUGUUAGCACUGUGGGCACCACCAGAUCCUGAAGAUGCUUUGGAAUUACUUGGACCAGCAUUCACUCAUCCAGCUGUAAGAAGAUAUGCUAUCAGUCGUCUAAGUCAAGCUCCCGACGAUGAUUUAAUGUUGUAUCUCUUACAACUAGUACAAGCUUUGAAAUAUGAAGAUUUUGAAAGUAUCAAGUUUGCAUUUCACACUUUAAUGAAUGAGAAAGAGAAUGAGAGAUUUGAAAAGGAUAUAAAAACCGGAGAUUCAACAUCAACUCCUAUUACGACUUCAAUUGAAUCAGACGCUGGUCUAUCUACAACAAGUCGAGAUACUGUUAUGGACUUAACAUCUUUUUUGAUUACUCGUGCGUGUCAAAAUUCUACACUGGCUAAUUAUUUCUAUUGGUACUUAUCGAUUGAAUGUGAAGAUCAGAGUGAUCCAGUUAUAACGGCCAAGCAAGAUACUCGUGUGAGAGAGAUGUAUAUUGCAGUAAUGAAAAUGUUUUCCACUAUGUUAGCAAAUGGCAAUACUGUCUGGCAAAAGAGAAGAGCUUUCCUUUUACGCCAAAAAAUGUUCAUUGAUCAAUUGGUAUCUCUUGUAAAAGCAGUAGCAAGAGAGAGUGGCAAUCGUAAGAAGAAGGCCGAUAGAUUACGAGCGUUAUUAGCCGAUCCGGAUCCUGCAUUUAAAAUCAAUUUUUCUAAUUUCGAGCAAAUACCUUUUCCCUUGGAUCCUGAAAUCUGUAUUAAAGGAAUUAUUCCUGAAAAGGCAAGUCUAUUUAAAUCUGCUCUUAUGCCAUCGAAAUUAACGUUCUUAACAACUGAGAAUACAGAAUACAUUGCUAUUUUUAAACAUGGUGAUGAUUUAAGACAAGAUCAAUUGAUCCUACAGACAAUAGCCCUUAUGGAUAAAUUAUUAAGGAGAGAAAAUUUAGACUUAAAAUUAACACCAUAUAGAGUACUUGCUACGAGUACAAGACAUGGUUUUUUGCAAUUUAUUGAAUCCACAACUGUAGCUGAAGUUCUUGCUAGUGAGGGUUCGAUUCUAAGUUUUUUUAGGAAACAUCAUCCUUCUGAUACAGGGCCUUAUGGUGUUGUCCCUGAAGUGAUGGAUACAUAUGUUCGAAGUUGUGCUGGUUAUUGCAUAAUAACAUAUGUAUUAGGAGUAGGCGAUCGACAUUUAGAUAAUUUACUUUUAACAACAUCAGGCAAACUUUUCCACAUAGAUUUUGGCUACAUUUUGGGUAGAGAUCCAAAACCUUUACCACCACCAAUGAAGUUAAGUAAGGAAAUGGUUGAGGCCAUGGGUGGUGUAGGAUCUGAACACUAUCAUGAAUUCAGAAAACAAUGUUAUACAGCAUUUCUCCAUUUACGCAGACAUGCUAAUUUAAUAUUAAAUUUAUUUUCAUUAAUGGUCGAUGCUAGUGUACCAGAUAUAGCUUUAGAACCAGAUAAGGCAGUCAAAAAGGUUCAAGACAAAUUACGGUUGGAUUUAAGUGACGAAGAAGCUGUCCAUUACGUUCAAAACCUCUUAGAUUUAUCUGUUACAGCUGUUAUGGCUGCAUUAGUGGAGCAAUUACAUAAAUUUGCUCAAUAUUGGCGGAAAUAAAAUAAAAUAAUUUUUAAUACAAUCGCAAAGACUGUGUUCCUUUAUAAAAGCUGCAAAUAUUAAUCUAUUGUACAUAAAUGACCAUAUGUCUAUAAAUAAUAUAACUUAUUGUAUUUUGGGAUUAUUUUAGGUAAUAAAGAUUUGAUAAUAAUUUUGGAUUAUGUUAAUAAUCCUAAUUGAACAUCAGUAUAACAUUGAACAGUACAACUUUUAUUUUAUAUAACAAUGAAUUCAUUUUAUGAGGAUGAUUUAAAAUAUUAUGGAUAAGAUAAUUAUAAUAAUCAUACAUAUAAUCUGUUAUGUAAAUAUUUGUAUAUUUAUUUUAUCUCUUAGUUACAAUCGUGAAUGGUGCACACAGUAGAAAUAAGAAGGUAUUAUUGUUAGUGUUGAAAAUAUCAAAUUGUUAUUAAUAUACAUGAACGCAAUAGUAAUAUUUUAUUCAUUAUCACUUUAUGCCAUUUAUAUUCAAUUAUUUUAACAGAUUAAUACAUAUAUCCCAACAUACGACAGUAUCAGAAAGUUUGAUAGAAAAUGUUAUUUUCUUGACCUCUCAUAAUAUUAAUUACUAUUCGUAGUAUGCGAAAUUUUAUUUAACUCAUGAAUUCAUGAUAGCGGAAGAGACGUAUGUAUCAAAAAAAAUCAAAACAUUAAUAAGAAAACGAUAACAAUUCAGUCCAUUUUUCUUUUUUUUGUUUUGCAAAUAUAAGCUAGAGAUGCCUAAAAUGUUCCAAUAUAUUUGAAUGUUAUUUAAUAUGAGAAUUCUUUUUCUCAGAUAUCAACAUAAUAUAUACAUGCGUGACGAUGGUUAAGAACGUCGCGAGAAAUAAAAAUAUUGAUUUAUUCUUGAUAACACAACACUAUAAAGAAUAUAAUAUAAUUCUUAGUAGGAUAAUUUAGCAAAUCUGUCUUGUUCGAGUAGAAUCAAUCAAAUAUUUUUCUUUCUUUCUUUUUUUUUUUUUUUUUACAAAUCAAUUUACUUUUAAAGUACUUUGAUGACUGCACAAUUAAUUGUACAAUAUGGUCUCUACAUAUAAACUUUCUAUAUAUCUAGUAUACAUAAAUAUAUUAAACCUUUCAAUUCUUAAUGUUGGUAUUAUACAUUAUAAUAAAAUUCCCUCUUUUUGUGCACAUUCAACUAAUUGCGAUAAAAAUAAUCACAUAUUCAGGAUACAUACAUAUAAAUUUAGGUACAUCUCAAACAUGACAGAUUUUCUAAUGAGCUAUUUUUCUUUCUUUUACAUCACUUUAACAUACAGAUUACACAGCUGUGAUAAUUGAAAUGAUAGGCUUUUUUUUAUUUUUCAUAAAGAUUUAUAAGCUAUUUCUUAUGAAGUAAACAUUAAGCUUAAUGUGCACAAUCCUUAGUUCGCUCAUUUUUUUUAAUUUUUUUUUAUUUUUUUUUUAUUUUUUUAUAUAUAUAUAUAUAUAUAUAUUUAUGAUUGCUCAUACUUCGAAAAACUAAUAUCUGCAGGUAUGUUAAUGAAAGUCGAAAAAUCAAUGAUCUAUUCAUAAAAUGAAAUCUUCGAAUUGCCAGUUCAAACAUGUUUUAUAUUGAAUAGAACGAAAGAGAAAUGCACAAACAUUAAUGUAGUUAUGUUUCUAUGAAUAUUGUACCAUUUAUGAACCUGCAGACAAGUUUUUUGUUUUGUUUUACAAACGAAGAAUUGUCCACUAUAAGUUGACAUCACAGAGUAGCAGUAAAAUCCUACAAUUUGCAUUUUUUUUUCUUUUUUUUUCUUUUCUUUUUUUUUUUUUUUUUGAUACUUUUCAAUCACGAAAUAUAACAAUGUAAAAAUAUUUUUCUAACUCUUUUCAAUAAGAUUCGAUUACAUCUCAGAUCAUGUGAAACGUUUGGAUGAUAUAAAACAUCCUUUCAUGCAUUCUAAACAUAGUUAUACUACGCAAUGAAUGGUCUGUGAAUCUUACUACUACUCAACGAUAUUACACAUAUGAUAAUAAAAUGUUUUCACAUAAAUGACUUAACAAGUUACAUAACAUUUAGGAGAAAUUAAAAGUGGAUUAAUAAAAUGUCCAUUCUAUAUUGUUUAAUGAAUUCGUACAAUUCGAACGUUGUACGAUCGAUUUUUCACUUUUACAUCAAACUGUGACACAUGGUAAAGUUACGACAUUAUUGUAAUAAAAACCACAUUUCUUCAAUCAUGAUCUACAAUGUUUAUAUACCAAAUCCAGUAAACGGAUUAAAUCCGAGCUUUGUGUGUGUGUGUGUGUGU